AUGGCGCAGAACCAGGCCCUGUCGCCGUCUGCCACGGGCGCAGACGCCAAGGACGACCAGCCAAGGAGCGGCCUCAAGAAGAGACGCAUCCAGCAGGCCUGCCGCCCGUGCGGCAUCAAGAGAGUCAAAUGCGACGGAUCUCAUCCUUGCAUCACUUGCAUUCGCUCCGGCGAGGUCUGCGAGUACGGCCAGCCCAAGAAGCGCGGCCCACCCAAGGGUUCCACACGCGGCACCAGCAAGGCUGCAAAGCGAAACGCAAACGCACAUCCACACGCCGCCCCGUCCGUCCCGCGCAAGAACGCCCACGAUGCAGCCGCCGCCCAGCCCAUCCAGUCCACCCGCGACUACGUCGCUUCGGCUCCCUCGGCAGCUGCGUCCACUACUGCCGACGCCACACCCGUCUCACUCUCGCGCCCACCACCACCGGCCUAUCCAGACAACGCCGACUGGUCUCGCUCCGGCCUUCCUCCUCUCCCGGUCUCAAACAGUGCCAUCGCGUCGUCGUCCCGCUUUCCUCCYCCUCCCUCUUCCGCACAAACACAUCCGCACUCGAUCCAGUAUGCAUCAUUACCGCCGCCGCAGCCGCCCCAGCAGCCCUACUAUCCCUCGUCCUCAGCAGCCGCCCCGAUGACAGCAUCCGACCCCUACUCGUCCGACAUGCACGCCGACCCUUAUCCCGGAUCGGGUCAUGCCUCCCCCGAAGGAAGCUACCGCACCGAGAGCCACCGCACCGGCGCCGGGUCCAUCCACGACGGCAGCAUCGGUAGCCCCAGCUACGCGCCCCGUGCUUCCAGCCCCAACCACUAUCGAUACGACCCCGCCGGCUCCUCUUAUCCGCACAAGCCACGCGCAGAGACCUUCUACCGCGGAAGCAGCAGCGGCCUUGGCUUCAUCCGCCCUCCGCCUGGCGCCUCGGACCGCAAACUGCCUCCGCUCGACUUUCUCGGCACACGCUCUUCCAACAGGUCGUCCUCUUCGCCAGGAAACUACGGAAGACUCUCCAUCGGCUCCGAUACCUUCGACUCCACCCUCUCCAGCCGCUCGGGUGCAUCGCGUCCAGUUAUCAAGUCGCAGACUUCACACACUCGCCCCUCGGCUUCUACUUCCCACUACCCUGCACACGCACCGUACGCGGCCCCUGCAGCGGACUCGUCUCGUGCAGAUCACCGGCUCAUGCCCGCCAAUGCCGCUGCGUCUUCGCAUGUCCAGCCUCAAGCCGCACCCGUAUGGUCGGCUCAGCCACGCUUCCCACCUCAGUCGGACGCAUUAGCGGACCCGCCGGCCUCCAAUAUACCCACAGGCAUUCGACAGUCCCACACGAGCGACAACAAUCAGCUCCUCGUCGAAGGCACCCUCUUGCAGCUUCAGCGCGACCGUGAUAGCGACCGCAAGCCUCCGCUCGCUUCUACGGGCGCACCCACCUCCACUGCACCCGCACCCAACGGCGUGACGGAUGACGUCAACCUCGAGCCGCUCCUCUGGGUCGAACCGGGCGAGGAUAGGCGCAGCGGCGUCGACCGCCCCGGCGUCUCGCUCACCAAGCCCGAGAUCCCGCCACUCAUCCAGGAGCGCCUCUUCACCAUCUUCUGGGGCAUCGUACAGACCAUCUGGCCCGCGCUCUACAAGCCUGCCCUCUGCCUCACCGGCUUCAACGUGAUCGACGCUGAACGCCAUCCCAUGCUGCACAACGCCGCCUGUGCCCUCGCCGCCGUCGCCUGGGACUCGGGCGAAUGCGGCGUGUCGGAGCAGGACACCGAGGCGACCCAGUCCGACUGGGUCGAGCGCACUGCCUCGGACCUCAGCUUCAGCCAGGGUCCCGGACAGCUCGGCGACGGCACCAGCCUGCGCCGGCUCAGCGCCGCCGAUCUCGGCGACAUCUUCCUCGCGCGCGCCAAGUACUACUUGGUCAAGACCAACAACGAGCCGAGCCUCGAGACGAUCCAGUCGCUCUUCUUUAUGGCGCUACGCGAAGGCGGCAACGGCCGCGCGAGCCAGGCGUCGGCGUAUCUCUCCACCGCCUGCCGCAUGUCGAUCGACCUGGGCCUGCACCGCCAGCGCGACUUCUCGUCGGUGCUGGGGCUUCACUUUUCGCAUGCCGAGGAGCAGGCGAGGCGCCGCAUCUUUUGGUGCCUAUUUUUGCUCGACAAGACCUCGUCUGCUUCGCUUGGUCGACCCGUGACGCUGCGAUGGGCCGAGAUCGACUGUCCGCUCCCCAACAGCGACGAGGUGGACGAGAAGGAGACGUGGGCUGAGACCACCAACAACAGCUCGCUCAUCAAGGAUCGCGCGCGCAACAUGCUGCUCAAGACGCCCAUUGCUGCCAUGACGCAUCUGCGCUUCGGCGUGCGGCUCGGGCAGAUCUGCGAACAGGUCACCGCGAUCUACACGCAGGUGCGGAGGCCAGAUGCCGAUCCGGGCGCAGAGGGCGGCGAUGCGGUCGCUGAAGAUCCAGGCAAGGAGAGCGGCGGCGGUGCUGCUGGUGCACAGGGUGGAGCGCCCGAGUGGGAAACACGACUGAUUCGGCUGCACGGCAUGCUAGAAGCAUGGGAGCGCGACCUGCCUCAUCGACUGCGCUUUGAAGAGCCGGCUCAUCGGCUGCCCAACACGCUCUCGCAGCACCUGUGGUUCCAGGUGUGCAAGCUCAUCCUCCACCGGCCGUACAUCCUCAAGCAGUCGUCGCGCGCGGACCUGCCGCCUUCGCAUCGCAUCUGCACCGACGCCGUCGGCAAAAUCUGCGACAUCCUCACGGCGUACGACAAUAACUUUGGCAUGCGCAAGCUCUCGUCGACGUUCACCUACUGCAUCUUUACGGCGUCGACGAUUGAGAUCGCCAACACCACUUCGACCGAUGCGAGCGUUGCGGUCGAGGCCAAGCGAAGGCUGCGGAAGUUUAUGACGUGGCUGUCGAGGAUGAGUGGCACUUGGCAGAGCGCCACGCACCACCUCAAGAUCCUCGAGCAGCUCGGACACGGGAUCGAUGCGGAUCUGGAUGGGACGGGGCUGCCGAGCCAUCGAGAGGCGAGCACGAAUGCGAGCAUGGUGGUGAGUAGGGCCGAUAGCCCGUCCGGCGCGACAGGGGCGGGUGCCGGUGCGGGUGCCAAGGAUGCGGUGGGAGAGGUGGGUGUUGCGUCGCUCCACUUGCCCAAGGACGCGCUCGAGGUGAUGGCCGAGAGCAAAGCGACGCAGGUGCAGGGCGAUGGCGCCCAGCACGAAGGUGGCCUGCACGAGGGUGCGGCGGCGGUGGGAGCGAGCGAGGCGAUACAGCACGCCGGGUUUGGCGACGAGCUGGGCGGGCUGUCGGUGCCAGGCCCGAUCGGGGCGCCCAUGUCGCUCUCGCGCUCGCGAGCGAGCUACCAGAUCCCACCGGCGAUUCAGGACGACCUGUUGGCGCAGUUCCAGUCGCAGAACCAGGGUCAGGGCCUGAUGUACACGUGGCCAUCGCGCGUGCCCACCCCGAAUCCAGCCAGUCUCAAUCCCUCCGCAGGGCAACCCGGCCCAGGCGCAGGUGCGGGGGCGGGGGCGGUGGGGAUGUUCGAUACAACUCUCGGCGCAGGAUCCACAGCCCCAAUGGGUGAGCCGCAGACUGGGGGCGCAGCGGUGAGUGUGGAUCCAACGGCGUAUCUCAAGCUGCACGACACGUCGUACUGGGGCGCGAUGCCGUUGGCGUCGGAAGAUGCACUGUCGUGGGCCAACUUUACCAACUCGUACAUGGAGGCGCUCAACGGUAUGACCACGAGUGCGGUUCAAAUGCAGCAGCCUGCAGCCUAUGCCCCCUCCGCACCAGCCCCAGCACCAGCCCCAGCAGCACCGGCGGCCACUGCAACACAGUGA